CGUCUUGCGGGCGGCUCAGCAACCAGCAUGUCUAACAGAAACAAUAACAAGCUGCCCAGCAACCUGCCACAGUUACAGAAUCUGAUCAAGCGGGAUCCGCCCGCCUACGUCGAGGAGUUUCUACAGCAGUAUAAUCACUACGAAUCCAAUGUGGCGGUUUUUAAAUUACAACCAAAUAAACCUAGCAAAGAACUGGCAGAGCUAGUGAUGUUUAUGGCACAGAUUGGUCACUGCUACCCAGAACAUUUAAGUAACUUUCCCCAAGAGCUGAAAGAUCUUCUCUCCUACAAUCACACUGUCUUGGAUCCAGAUCUUCGAAUGACAUUUUGCAAAGCUUUGAUCUUGCUGAGAAAUAAGAAUCUCAUCAAUCCAUCAAGUUUGCUAGAACUUUUCUUUGAACUUCUGCGUUGCCAUGAUAAGCUUCUGCGAAAGACUUUAUACACACAUAUUGUCACUGAUAUCAAGAAUAUAAAUGCAAAACACAAGAACAAUAAAGUGAAUAUUGUGUUGCAGAAUUUCAUGUAUACCAUGUUAAGAGAUAGCAAUGCAACUGCAGCCAAGAUAUCUUUGGAUGUGAUGAUUGAACUCUACAAAAGAAACAUCUGGAAUGAUGCCAAAACUGUCAAUGUGAUCACAACGGCAUGUUUCUCUAAGGUCACCAAGAUAUUAGUUGCUGCUUUGACAUUUUUCCUUGGGAAAGAUGAAGAGGAGAAACAGGACAGCGACUCAGAAUCCGAGGAUGAAGGACCAACAGCAAGAGACCUGCUAGUGCAGUAUGCCACGGGGAAGAAAAGCUCCAAAAACAAGAAAAGGUUGGAAAAGGCUAUGAAAGUGCUCAAGAAACAAAAAAAGAAGAAGAAACCAGAGGUGUUUAACUUUUCAGCUAUUCAUCUGAUUCAUGAUCCCCAAGAUUUUGCAGAAAAAUUAUUAAAACAACUAGAGAGCUCUACGGAGAGGUUUGAGGUGAAAAUGAUGCUCAUGAACCUCAUCUCCAGAUUGGUGGGAAUUCAUGAGCUUUUUCUCUUCAACUUCUAUCCCUUUGUACAAAGAUUUCUGCAGCCCCACCAAAGAGAAGUAACAAAGAUCCUUCUGUUUGCUGCCCAAGCAUCUCAUCACUUAGUACCCCCAGAGAUCAUUCAGUCAGUGCUCAUGACUGUGGCCAACAAUUUUGUCACCGACAAGAAUUCUGGGGAGGUCAUGACAGUAGGAAUCAAUGCUAUAAAAGAAAUAACAGCUCGAUGUCCUCUAGCCAUGACUGAAGAACUUCUCCAAGACCUAGUUCAGUAUAAAACACACAGAGAUAAGAAUGUGAUGAUGUCUGCUAGAACUUUGAUUCAGCUCUUCCGAACACUGAAUCCUAAGAUGUUGCAGAAGAAAUUCCGGGGCAAGCCUACAGAGGCCUCCAUAGAAGCAAGAGUGCAAGAAUAUGGAGAAUUAGAUGCUAAAGAUUACAUUCCAGGAGCAGAAGUUCUAGAAGUUGGAAAAGAAGAGAAUGCUGAAAAUGUUGAAGAUGGGUGGGAAAGUACCAGUCUCAGUGAGGAGGCAGAUGCUGAUGGUGAGUGGAUUGAUGUGCAUCAUUCUUCUGAUGAAGAGCAGCAAGAAAUAUUCAAGAAGCUCAACGGGAUGCCCAUGGAGGAGCGGAAAGCCAAAGCUGCAGCCAUUAGCACGAGCCGAGUUCUAACUCAGGAAGACUUCCAGAAAAUCCGCAUAGCCCAAAUGAGGAAAGAACUCGACGCUACCCCAGGGAAAGCCCAAAAGAGGAAAUAUAUUGAAAUAGAUAAUGAUGAGGAGCCCAGGGGUGAGUUACUUUCUCUUCGGGACAUUGAACGCCUUCAUAAAAAGCCAAAAUCUGACAAGGAGACAAGACUAGCAACAGCAGUGGCUGGAAAGACAGACCGAAAAGAAUUUGUGAGGAAGAAAACCAAAAUGAACCCAUUUUCCAGUUCCACAAAUAAAGAGAAGAAAAAACAGAAGAACUUUAUGAUGAUGCGAUAUAGCCAUAACGUCCGGUCAAAAAACAAGCGUUCCUUCCGAGAAAAGCAGCUGGCACUACGAGAUGCACUUUUGAAAAAGAGAAAAAGAAUGAAGUAACCUCCGAGCAAGUCUUCCAUUCCAAGAAGAAUGCUAAAUUUGUAUCAUUAUUUUGAAAAUUAGUUAAUCAAGCAUGUUUACAUUAAAAAGUCCUGAAGGUAAAAAA